UCAAAAUCAUGUCCGAUGGUUAUUACAAUUCGAAGAAGACCGAUGAUAUCUGCGACGAUGUUUGUGGACAGGGAUCUAAAGCAGCAGCAACAAUCUCACGCCUCAAAUGCGUCCUCCGAGGCUUCGACGUCAGAACUCUCCUCUGCCUCUUCAUCCUCAUGCCCUUCGCCAUCUUCGCAAUCUACCUCCACGGCCAAAAGCUCACUUACUUCUUCAGACCCCUCUGGGAAUCCCCUCCAAAGCCCUUCCACACCAUCCCCCACUACCACACCGAGAACGCAACCAUGUCAUCUCUCUGCUCCCUCCACGGCUGGGGAGUUAGAGAAUCACCUCGCCGCGUUUACGACGCGGUCCUCUUCAGCAACGAGAUAGACCUCUUGACCGUCCGCUGGAAAGAGCUUUACCCUUACGUUACACAGUUCGUCCUCCUCGAGUCAAACUCCACCUUCACCGGUUUGCCUAAACCGUUUGUCUUCAAAAGCAACAAAGACCAGUUCGCCUUCGUGGAGGAGCGGCUAACGUACGGGAACAUCGGAGGACGGUUUAGAAAAGGAGAGAACCCUUUCGUCGAGGAGGCCUUUCAGCGUGUGGCGUUGGAUAAGCUUCUUAGAAUCGCUGGCAUUGAAGAGGAUGAUCUUCUGAUCAUGUCGGACGUCGAUGAGAUUCCCAGCGUUCACACCAUCAACCUCUUGAGAUGGUGCGACGAUAUCCCUCCGGUCCUUCACCUCCAGCUUAAGAAUUAUUUAUACUCUUUCGAGUACUACGUCGACAGCAAGAGCUGGAGAGCUUCUGUGCACCGUUACAGUCCGGGGAAGACUCAGUACGCGCAUUUUCGACAGAGCGAUGUUAUGUUCUCUGACUCUGGAUGGCACUGCAGCUUCUGUUUCCGCUAUAUAAAUGAUUUUGUGUUCAAGAUGAAGGCUUACAGUCACUCGGACCGUGUCAGAUUCUCUCAUUACCUGAAUCCUAAUAGGAUUCAGGAUGUUAUAUGCAAAGGAACUGAUUUGUUUGACAUGUUGCCUGAGGAGUACACGUUCAAGGAGAUGAUUGGUAAAAUGGGGCCUGUGCCUCGCUCUUAUUCGGCUGUUCAUCUACCUUCUUACCUGCUGGAGAACGCUGAGAAGUAUAAAUACUUGUUACCUGGUAACUGCGUGAGAGAAAGACAGACUGGGUGAAAGUGUUCUUGUCUUUAGUCUUAGUCAGGCUUCAGAGGCAUUUAUUGAUCACCCUAAGGCACAGUCUUUUUGACCCCAAAGAAGAGAAGUCAAAGCAUGAUUGCAUAUAACCCAAAUGCUGGAUUCAGUUUGGUGAGUUCUGAAGAAGUUUUGCAUCAGUUUCUUUUGAUACAAGAGGGUUUGUGAGAAAAAAGAGAGAGCUUACUUUGAGUUAAAACUGCACAACACUUCCCAGGUUUUUUCAACAAUGGGGAAAAAUGUUGGCCGAUUUAGUAGUAUAGGAUGUUUCAGGAUCCAUUUGUUUAUAUAUUAUUAUUACUCUCUGCGGUUCUUUGUUCUUGGUUAUUUCAGUAAUUAUUCAUUCUUAUUCAUUUUCUA